ACCGAGAAAAGCAAUCCUCAACGUCUGGUUAUUAUUCAACUCCAUUUCUCUCCCUCCCGAAGUGUACCCUGACUUGAGUUCAUUUCUUCAUUAAGAACCAAGCCCAUUUCAAAAAAGGAAAAUCCUGUAACAUUGCUCAUCAUCUGCAAUGACAUCCCAGAUGUCAUUCUUCCAAUUGAGAUUGUCAGUUCAACAUCCACCUUGCAGUCACAUUCCAGACACCCUUUUGUGGCCUCUUUCUCCUGUGGCGGAUUACAUGCAUUGCCAACCAAACAUAUUGCAGUCAUAUUACCAUGAAUUUGUUGUGAAAAAAGUACUUUCACCAGUUUCCUUUAGAAGUUCCUUGAGCCUUCAAGCUGUUAGAAGCUUGCAAACUUCCAUGGAUGCAGGGGAAACAUUCAUGUACUGCAAAACAUUUUGGUCAAAAGAUAGUAUAGAGUCAAUACAGAUGCAAAAUUUGAGUGAGAAGGCUCAGGUAUAUGGUCAUUAUGCCUCUCAUGUAUGCUCUAAUGAUGAAAAUCGGAAGGAAGAGCAAAGGAGGAGGAAGAUAGGACUGGCAAACAAAGGGAGGGUGCCAUGGAACAAAGGCCGGAAACAUACUGCAGAGACAUGUUUACGAAUCAAGCAAAGAACAAUAGAAGCCUUGAAAGAUCCCAAGGUCAGGAAGAAGAUGUCUGAACAUCCCCAUACUCAUAGCGAGCAAAGCAAGGCAAGAAUUGGGUCUUCAUUGAGACAUGUUUGGGCCAAACGUUUGAAACGGAAACGGUUGGGUGAGAGAUUUUUUCUAUCAUGGUUGGAAAGCAUAGCAGAAGCUGCUAGGAAAGGAGGGACUGACCAACCCGAGCUGGACUGGGAUAGCUAUGACAAGAUAAAACAAGGAAUAGCUCUUGAACAGCUCCAGUGGGCUACAGAGAAGGCCAAGGGAAAGGAGAUGGCCAAGGUAAGAGCAGCAACAGCACAAGCUGAAAAGAUGGCAAGGAUUGCUCAAAAGAGAAAAGAGCAGGAAGAGAAAGUAAAAGCAAGAGAACUGAAGAGAAAGGCACAAGGAAAAUCAAAGAAAGAUGGGGAGGUUGCAGAUACCCAAGGUUUGAAACUUAAGCAGAGAUUAACAAUGAUCCGCAAAAAGAAAUCCAUAAAUAGUCAAGUCAGUAUUCAAGGAGACACAGCACAUGUCCCAGCUUUGGAGAUAUUGAAUAUAGAGCUUAUUAAGAAAGAGAAAAUGCAAAAUGAAGUGUCACUUGCAGAGCAGAUCAAAGCAGCCAAAAGCAGAAGAGCAAAAUCAGUUUCCACAAAGCUUAUGGCAGUCUCAUCCUCCAAUCUCUCAUAUAGUGCGAGACUAGAAGAGUAAGCUCCAAACACAUUUGUUUCUGUACACAAAUCAAUGCAAGGUGCAUCAGGCAGAAGGAAGGGAAAAUAAAUUUUGGAACCAUUCCAAUUGGUCAUGUCUAAUCCAUGAAGUAAAUUUUAAUUAAAGGUACCUUUGGAGGAGCUAUUGCCUUUUCAUCUGAGUAUUAUGUUCAGGCUCAAGCAGGAGGCGAUGCCAUGUUAAAUUUUUUGUAUUGGAUAUUUUGAGAAAUAGAGUUAAAGUGUCUUGCUUCCCCAUGAUUCUGGUAAAACUAGGAUGUACAUGUAACAACACAAGGUGGAGCCUCUUUAGGUAUUCUUUAAUGCUCUAUUACUCUUGAACUCUUGUGAACUGUCGCUUAGUUUUCUGUUAAUGCUUGUAUUAACUGGCUUUCAUGGAAGAUUUAAUGAUGUCCUCUACAUGGUUGUUACAAA